CGCCCUCUUACGACGCCUCUUACUUGGGAAAUGGCGUUCACAUAGCGAUGUUGCUAUCGUGUGCGUGAUUAUAUACUGCCUCUAGUUCUGUUCUGCUCAAUCACAAGGAGGCGUCUCGAAAGUUUACGUGCGUUUUUCGUUUGACGGAAGCGUGCUUUGUGCCUGAAUUUGUGCGUAUCCUCGAUACGCAUUACAGCCUAAACAAACGAUCGAGUCUUGGAGACGCCCAACAUGGAUGAUCUCCAAAAUUAUAAGUUGCAGCUUCAGCAGGUUGAGGCAGCUCUCACAACUGACCCAGAGAAUGAGGAACUGUUAAAAUUGAAAAUUGAUUUGGAGGAAGUUAUUGAACUGACGCAUGACCUGAUAAAGUCACAACAGCAGGAGAAAAAGCCAGCUGAGGCAGAGGAAAAAAAUCCAGAGCUAUUAGCAGUUUUGGCUAACAAAUGGAAGGUUGGGGAUCAGUGCCUUGCACCGUGGAGCGAAGAUGGAAAGUUUUAUGAAGCAACGAUAGAAUCUAUAGGUGAGGAUGGAUCUGUAAAUAUUACAUUCAAUGAAUACAAAAAUAAAGAUGUUACAAUGCUUAGUCAGUUGAAAUCGGUUGCAAAAAGACCAGCCUCCGAUUGGGCAGAACAAAAGUCAAAAAAAAAGAAAAUGGCAGUAUCCGCCAUAGCAGGUAUGGAUCCAACUAAACAACGUGAAUAUCUAAAGAAAAGGAAACAGAAGAAGUUACAGCGUUUUAAGGAAUUGGAAGAAGAAAGAGAACAAGAAAAGAACAAAUGGCUUUCAUUUGCAUCCAAGUCUACAAAAAAAGGAGUUAUUAAAAAAAGUAUAUUUGCAACGCCAGAAAAUGUAAAUGGUAGAGUUGGAAUAGGUACUUGUGGAGUAAGUGGCAAAGAAAUGACAAAAUUCAGUAAUGGUGAAAAGUGGAGGCGUGGAGCUUAAGCCUGUAUAAAAACAAUCAACACUAGACUUACCACAGAUAAUUGUUAACAUAAAUUUAGAUGAAUUUUGACUAUCUCUUAAGCCAAUUGUACUUUGACUUUAUCUCCAAUCGAAAGCAUGUUAGGGCUUUGAUUAUUCUUCACUUGUGAAGCUUGAUGUAAGAUUGUGCAAAAUUAUGUAUUGAAUGUGUGUGAUCCUGUGUGUAUGAAAAAGGAGUUUUGUCGAUAAGUACACAUUUUUAGCAAUUAAUUAUUUGCAUUCUCAAAUGAGGUUCUUGUAUGUAACUAAUAUAAUAAAAUAUUAUUUUAAAAGUCAUUAUUACUGCAAUCAAUACAUUGGAUCUACAGUUGGCUAUAAAGAAUUAGAGCAUAAAAGUAGGUUCACGAAAAAAAAAACUAUUAUUUUGGAAAAUCUGCUUCAAUUUAAUAAGAGACAGCGACCAUUUGAAAUUUCUUUAUAAUAAAACUAUUUUGUUUUCGAAA